CACAUCCACGUCGUCCACGCCGCCCUCCACAGCUGCUAUACCGCUUUCUUCACUGCAUCGACGCGUCGCACGUGAUACCGCACGAUGCCGCGAGGCCGCGAUGAAUGUUGGCAGGAAGUCGACCGCGCCUUGGACGAAGACUCCGGCAAGCGCCAUCCCCGCGUCACCUGCAAGCACUGCCACCUCGAAUGGACGUCCAACGAAAAGGCGCGAGUGAUUGAGCAUCUCCAGCGAUGCAUGGAACUGCCCGAGCCACUAUGGCGGACGUACCAGCCGCAUCGUCUGGACCCUACCCUCCCGUCUGCUGCUGAGCUCCAGCAGCAACAGCGUGCUCGCACCCGCGGCAUCGCGUCCAUGUCGAAUACAGAGCAAGAGUUAGCCACCACUGCUUGUGCCCAAUGGAUUCACGCUUCAGGUCUCGACCCGUCAGUGACUGAACAUCCAGCAUUUCGUGCCUUUCUUCGCACACUGCGUCCAGCUUUCAAAAUCCCAUCAAGGCACCAAUUGACCCAUGCGCUCCUCGACGCGCCACUCAUGUUCAUCGCCUUCAUUGCAGAUCCGCAAGAGCGUCAUCGUCGGCCUGCCAUUCUGGACAGUAAUGAGGAAACACAAUCGCGCUCUUUGCAGGCAUUUCUCCUCAAGUACUGCAACGGCAACACCAUGAAGGCCUCCGCAUUGCUCGGCAUGCUGUCUCUGCUGCGAGUCAAGCAGGGUCCAUUUGCCAACGACAUGGUGUGGAUGGCUAGCAAUCAGAUGACGCCGAUCCAGUGGUGGCAGAAUUUCUGGGUGCAAGAACAGCCAGAUCUUGCUGAGUUGUGCAUGUUGGCUCUGGCGAUUGCUCCACUCGGCGAUACCAUUGAACGAAAUUGGUCACCCCAUGCCUUCGUCCAUGUCUUGAAGCGCAACCAGAUCGGCGUCGAUGUCGUCAAUCGAUUGAUUACGACGUUUUGGAGCCUGCGUAUCAAGCACGGCUGGGUGGACGACAUCGCCAACGGCACUCAUGACGCCACAGAUCAAGAUGCGGAAUUCACUCCGGAUCAUAUGGACAGCUUCAUGCCAAUGCAAGCUUAGGAAGAACCGUUGCAUGACGCUGCAGUCGAUGGACCAGCACAGAAGAGAAGAAAGACGCAAGCCUUGGAGGGUAUGGAGCGUCCGGGCUCAUCAGUCGAUCCGUUGCUAUAGAGCCGCUCUCAGUCAAGCUCGCAGAUACCUGCAUCUCAUCCGAAUCGAGAGUGAGGAUCAACUUCGUCACGUUGUAACAGCGGUGAACGAUCUGGUACGACCCAGUCGGCAUGGAGGCAGAUCAUCCCGGCUUCCGUGCGCAGACGUGAGACAUCCGCGGAACAAUGCGACCGUGCUCAAACCACAAUCACAUCUCGAACGGAGCGAAGGCAGUGACUGCAACAACAUCUCAGCUGGCGAAGUUUAGUCAACAUGAUAACAGUAAACUCUCUUCGCAGGUGAUUAGGACAUGGAAGCCGUCGUAGUUGUACAGCGGAUAUGCAGUACAAUACGUACAUCAUCAAGAUGAGCAAUGCUCAAGGCUCUUGGCUGGAACAUUACUUGCGAGGACCUACAGCACAGUACACAAAUCUGUUGGUGCUCCUCAAAGCUUGUACAUAAUAUGGGGCUAGUGCUGUGGGGGACUGGAGUCGCCGAGAAGGAUGCUGCACCAUCUCAUCUCAUCAUGACGAACACUUGUUUACAGAAAACAACAUCGCGUGACAAGUCCGAUCAAUACAUCUCCCAGAAUCCCAGCAUACAAAAAGGCCAACUUUACAAGCCAUGUACAAGUACCGCAAGAAACAGCAAAGUCCAACACCGAAAUCGGGCAAUUCUCGAGCCACAAGCCGCUGUCCAUCCUCACCUCCCACAACGAAAGCAAACGCAAUUCCUCCCGCUUACCCCGUAAACAACCAUGGUAUUUCUUACCAAAUACCAAGCAAAUUCCAUGAAACUCUUACGUCAAACAUCCUCCAGACCGAUGCUCGGAGCUACCCUUUUCGUCAGCCGGACCAGCUCCGCGGGUGUCAUGUGAUGCAC